GCGCUUCUUUGCUUUUGUGGCCUGGCUAUAGCUGUACUAAAACCCUCUUCCUACUCCAUCCUGCCCUCUGCUUUUCCCCAUCCAAACCAGAACCACAAACCGACCAGGACCACCAUAAUCAUAAUCUCUCCUCCAAUGACCUGAUAUUUUCUCCGUACUAACUUCCUUUCACAACCCAGAAAGGAAGGCACGGACAAUUCCAAGUUUAGACUUGCUGGGUGGUUCCAGAUCUCGAUCGUGGUUCCUCCGAUCCGAUGGCCGACUCAAAGACGUACAUUUCGCAAGUAGAGCUUGCAGAGCACAAUCGAGUUGGAGAUCUGUGGAUAUCUAUACAGGGCAAGAUCUAUGAUGUCACGAACUGGGCUAAAACUCACCCGGGUGGUGACCUUCCCUUGCUGAAUCUUGCAGGCCAAGAUGUCACCGAUGCGUUUAUUGCUUUCCAUCCAGGCACUGCUUGGCAAUAUCUCGAUAAGUUCUUUACUGGGUUUUAUCUCGAAGAUUAUUCUGUCUCAGAGGUGUCAAGAGAUUAUAGGAAGCUUGUUUCGGAGUUUAAGAAAAAGGGCUUGUUUGAAAAGAAGGGGCACGGUGUGUGCUUUUCUCUUUGGUUCAUGGCAUUGCUGUUUGCUACAGGCGUUUAUGGUGUUUUGUGCUCCGACAGUUGUUUGAUUCAUGUGGGUUGUGGUGGCUUGAUGGGAUUUUUGUGGAUUCAGAGUGGAUGGAUUGGGCAUGAUUCUGGGCAUUAUCAGAUCAUGGUUAACCCAGGUUUAACUCGGGUUGCCCAGAUUCUUACUGGGAAUUGUCUUGCAGGGAUUAGUAUUGGGUGGUGGAAGUGGAACCAUAAUGCCCAUCAUAUUGCCUGCAACAGCCUUGAUUUCGAUCCAGAUCUUCAACACAUGCCUUUAUUUGCGGUAUCUUCAAAAUUCUUCCAUUCACUCACCUCUUUCUUUUACGAUAGGAAGAUGAAAUUUGAUUCUGUUGCUAGGUUCUUGGUUAGUUAUCAGCAUUGGACUUUUUAUCCUGUAAUGUGUUUUGCUAGAAUCAAUCUAUUUGCACAGUCAUUCUUGUUUCUGUUAUCCAAGAGGAAAGUCCCCCAUAGAGGACAAGAACUUCUGGGACUGCUUGUGUUCUGGAUUUGGUAUCCUCUGCUACUAUCUUGCUUGCCCAAUUGGGGGGAAAGACUUGUGUUUGUUGUUUCAUCUUUUGCUGUAACCGGAAUCCAACAUGUUCAGUUCUGCUUGAAUCAUUUUUCUUCAAGUGUUUAUGUUGGUCCACCUUGUGGGAAUGACUGGUUUGAGAAGCAAACCAUGGGAACCCUGGAUAUACAAUGCUCUUCUUGGAUGGAUUGGUUUCAUGGUGGAUUGCAAUUUCAAGUUGAGCAUCAUUUGUUUCCAAAGAUGCCUAGAUGCCAUCUUAGGAAUAUCUCGCCAUUUGUUGUAGAGCUUUGCAAGAAGCAUAAUCUGCCGUACAAUUGUGCAUCAUUUUGGAAGGCGAAUGCUAUGACAAUAUCCACUCUUCGAGCUGCUGCUCUGCAGGCUCGGGAUCUUUCCAAACCAUUUCCGAAGAAUUUGGUAUGGGAGGCUGUCAACACUCAUGGGUGAUAACGACAUCUAUCAUUUGGGAUCUUACCAAGUCAGCUUCCAUGAAUUGUUGGCUUUUCUGAAAAAUAAUCAUCAUCCAUCCUUGGAUUGUUUUUGUUGUAUGUAUACUAUUGAAGUUGUUCAUCAACUGUAGCUUGAGUUUUGCAGAGUUUGA